AUGGCAGAGCAAGUGGAACUUUCACCCAUCAAUACUGGAGGAACAAGCUUCCUAAGAAGUUGCUUCAACGGAAUCAAUGCUUUGACAGGGAUUGGCCUAAUAACAAUUCCUUAUACACUUUCACAAGCCGGAUGGUUAGGCCUCUGCCUUCUUCUUGCAAUGGCAUUUACUACAUGCUAUACUGGCUUACUACUUCAACGAUGCUUGGAGUCAAAUCCAUCAAUUAAAACCUACCCUGACAUAGGCUAUCAUGCUUUUGGACGUAAAGGAAGAAUUAUUGUUUCAAUUUUCACGUAUCUAGAGCUCUAUCUAGUCCCAACAGGAAUUUUAAUACUAGAAGGCGAUCAUUUGUUCAAGUUAUUUCCAAAUGUUAGCAUGGAAGUAGCAGGAAUUUACAUUGGAGGAAAAGAAAUUUUUGUAAUAGGUUCAGGGCUUGUGAUUUUACCUACAAUGUGGUUAAAGGACUUGCGGUUGCUUUCAUUUGUAUCAGCGGGUGGUAUCUUGUCGUGUGUUAUUGUCAUCACCUCCAUUUUGUGGGUUGGUGCUGUUGAUGGAGUUGGAUUCUCUAGUAAAGGAAAGCUAUUUGAAUUGGCUGGAAUUCCAACUGCUAUGAGCUUCUUCAGUCUCAGUACUCUCAGCUACAUAUUAAUGGCAGUCCUUGGUUACUUAAUGUUUGGCCAGGAUGUACAGCCUCAAGUGACAUUAAACUUACCCACAAGCCAAGUGAGUUCAAAGAUAGCAAUAUACACGACUUUAAUUGGUCCACUUGCCAAGUAUGCUCUAAUAGUUAUGCCUAUUGCAAAUGCAAUUGAAAGUCGCUUACCUCGAUACUACAAUAUCAAGCUCAUUUACAUCUUCUUAAGAACACUGUUACUGGUUAGCACAAUCAUUGUUGCUCUGGUUUUUCCAUUAUUUGGAAUACUAAUGGCACUUGUUGGGGCAAUUCUUAGUAUCACCGUUUCCAUUAUUCUUCCAUGCUUAUGUUACUUGAAGAUUUCUGGAGGUUAUCAAAAGUGGGGUUUUGAAGUUUUGAUUAUUGUGGUAAUCAUGAUUAAUGCCGUUUCGAUUGGGGUUAUAGGCACUUACGUCUCUCUAAAAGAUAUAGGAGUAAUAAAAAUCUUUAGGAUUUAA